ACGUCCGGCGCUUCCGCCUUCGCUUAGGAGGAGGAGGAGCUGGUAGGGAAAGGAAAGUGAUUCGCCCUGGGCCUGGACUAGACCGAGUCGGGCCGGCGGGGGUCUGGCUAUGAGCCUUUGAGGGUCGCUUGGGACGCGGAGCGAGACUCGGGAGCCGAGAGCUAUGUCUCAGCCGCCGCCGCCGCCUCCACUGCCGCCGCCGCCUCCUCCCCCAGAGGCUCCGCAGACUCCGCCGUCCCUGGCGGCGACGGCGGCGGCUGCUCCGGGAGUGCUCUCGAAGCGGAGAGACCGGAGAAUCCUCUCCGGGAGCUGCCCGGAUCCGAAGUGCCAGGCGCGUCUGUUCUUCCCGGCCUCCGGUUCUGUCAGCAUCGAGUGUACCGAGUGCGGACAGCGGCACGAGCAGCAACAGCUGCUGGGGGUGGAGGAGGUGACCGACCCGGACGUAGUGCUGCACAACCUGCUGCGGAACGCGCUGCUCGGGGUGACAGGGGCACCCAAGAAGAACACGGAAUUGGUAAAGGUGAUGGGCCUUUCCAACUACCACUGCAAGUUGCUGUCGCCCAUCUUAGCUCGCUACGGAAUGGACAAGCAGACAGGCCGGGCUAAGCUUCUCCGGGACAUGAACCAGGGCGAGCUGUUCGAUUGCGCUUUACUGGGGGACCGCGCCUUCCUCAUCGAACCAGAGCAUGUGAACACGGUGGGCUAUGGCAAGGACCGCUCCGGAAGCCUCCUGUAUUUGCAUGACACGCUUGAGGACAUCAAGCGGGCCAAUAAGAGUCAGGAAUGCCUCAUUCCAGUGCAUGUGGACGGGGAUGGACACUGCCUGGUGCAUGCUGUGUCCCGGGCUCUAGUAGGCCGGGAGCUCUUCUGGCAUGCCUUGAGAGAGAAUCUUAAACAGCACUUUCAGCAGCACCUGGCCCGAUAUCAAGCCCUGUUCCAUGACUUCAUUGAUGCCGCUGAGUGGGAGGACAUUAUCAAUGAGUGUGACCCUCUGUUUGUACCACCUGAGGGUGUUCCCUUGGGCCUGAGGAACAUCCACAUAUUUGGCCUUGCCAAUGUGCUGCAUCGCCCUAUUAUUCUGUUAGAUUCACUCAGUGGCAUGCGAAGCUCUGGUGAUUAUUCAGCCACCUUUCUGCCAGGCCUUAUCCCUGCAGAGAAGUGCACUGGGAGAGAUGGUCAUUUGAACAAACCCAUCUGUAUUGCCUGGAGUAGCUCUGGUAGAAACCAUUAUAUCCCCUUGGUAGGCAUAAAAGGGGCUGCUUUGCCCAAACUGCCUAUGAAUUUGCUUCCUAAAGCAUGGGGUGUGCCUCAGGACCUCAUUAAGAAGUACAUCAAACUUGAGGAGGACGGUGGUUGUGUUAUUGGAGGAGACAGAAGUUUGCAGGAUAAAUACUUACUUAGGCUUGUUGCUGCUAUGGAAGAAGUCUUUAUGGACAUACAUGGUAUCCAUCCUAGUUUGGUGGCUGAUGUCCAUCAGUAUUUCUACAGGAGGACAGGGGUGAUAGGAGUUCAGCCUGAAGAAGUCACAGCAGCUGCUAAAAAAGCAGUAAUGGAUAAUCGCCUUCACAAAUGUUUGCUCUGUGGUGCCCUUUCUGAACUUCAUGUUCCUCCAGAGUGGUUGGCUCCGGGAGGGAAACUGUAUAACCUGGCAAAAAGUACUCAUGGACAGCUGAGGCCUGACAAAAAUUAUAGCUUUCCUUUGAACAAUUUGGUUUGCUCAUAUGAUUCAGUGAAAGAUGUUCUGGUACCAGACUACGGAUUGAGUAACCUGACAGCUUGUAAUUGGUGCCAUGGCACAUCUGUGCGAAGAGUCAGAGGAGAUGGAUCUAUUGUGUAUUUGGAUGGGGACAGAACUAAUGCUAGGUCCACUGGUGGCAAAUGUGGUUGUGGAUUCAAACAUUUUUGGGAUGGUAAAGAGUAUGACAAUCUACCAGAAGCUUUUCCUAUUACUUUGGAAUGGGGUGGAAGAGUGGUCAGAGAAACAGUAUAUUGGUUCCAGUAUGAAAGUGAUGCAUCUUUGAAUAGUAAUGUUUACGAUGUUGCCAUGAAACUUGUUACCAAGCACUUUCCAGGUGAAUUUGGGAGUGAAAUCCUGGUUCAGAAAGUUGUCCACACUAUAUUGCAUCAGACUGCCAAAAAGAAUCCUGAUGAUUAUACUCCUGUAAAUAUAGAUGGUGCUCAUGCCCAAAGAGUUGGAGACGUACAAGGACAAGAGUCGGAGUCCCAGCUCCCAACUAAAAUUAUUCUUACCGGACAGAAAACAAAAACUUUGCACAAGGAGGAGUUAAAUAUGAGUAAGACUGAAAGAACUAUUCAACAGAAUAUUACGGAACAGGCUUCUGUAAUGCAGAAACGAAAAACAGAGAAGUUAAAACAAGAACAAAAGGGGCAGCCCAGGACUGUUUCUCCCAGUACCGUUCGUGAUGGUCCUUCCUCUGCACCUGCCACCCCUACCAAGGCUCCCUAUUCACCAACCACUUCUAAGGAGAAGAAGAUCCGAAUAACAACUAAUGAUGGACGACAGUCCAUGGUUACACUUAAGUCUUCAACAACGUUUUUUGAACUUCAGGAAAGCAUAGCCAGAGAAUUCAACAUUCCUCCAUAUUUACAGUGUAUUCGAUAUGGCUUUCCUCCUAAAGAGUUAAUGCCACCCCAGGCAGGAAUGGAAAAGGAGCCAGUUCCUUUACAACAUGGUGACAGAAUUACAAUAGAGAUUCUAAAAAGUAAAGCCGAAGGGAGUCAGUCUGCAGCAACACACUCGGCCCACACUGUGAAACAAGAAGAGAGUGCUGUCACUGGUAAACUGUCAUCUAAGGAACUUCAGGAGCAAGCUGACAAAGAAAUGUACUCCUUGUGUCUUUUAGCAACGUUAAUGGGAGAAGAUGUAUGGUCUUAUGCAAAGGGGCUUCCUCACAUGUUCCAGCAGGGUGGCGUAUUCUACAAUAUUAUGAAGAAAACCAUGGGUAUGGCUGAUGGCAAGCAUUGCACUUUUCCACAUCUGCCUGGCAAAACCUUUGUCUAUAAUGCUUCUGAAGAUAGGCUGGAGUUGUGUGUGGAUGCUGCAGGACAUUUCCCCAUCGGUCCUGAUGUUGAAGAUUUAGUCAAAGAGGCUGUAAGUCAGGUUCGAGCAGAGGCUACGACAAGAAGUAGGGAGUCAAGUCCCUCACAUGGGUUAUUAAAACUAGGUAGUGGUGGAGUAGUGAAAAAGAAAUCCGAGCAGCUUCAUAAUGUGACUGCCUUUCAGGGAAAAGGGCAUUCUCUAGGAACUGCAUCCAGUACCCCACACCUUGAGCCAAGAGCUAGGGAAACUCCAGUUGUAAGGAAGCAGACCACAGGGACACACUUUAGUAGUUCCAUUAAAACAGAGCCUUCUGUAUUCACAGCUGCUCCUAGUAACAGUGAGCUUAUUCGAAUAGCUCCUGGAGUAGUUACAAUGAGAGACAGCAGGCAGCUUGAUCCUGAUAUGGUUGAGGCCCAGCGAAAAAAAUUGCAGGAAAUGGUUUCUUCUAUUCAGGCGUCGAUGGACAAGCACUUGCGGGAUCAAAGUACAGAGCAGUCACUGUCUGAUCUUCCUCAAAGGAACGUCGAAGUUGUGAGUCCUUCUGUGAAGUCUGGGAGUCUUCAGACUGGCUUACCUGAAUCUUUUUCUCUAACUGGUGGCACUGAAAAUUUGAACACGGAAACAACUGAUGGCUGUGUGGCAGAGGCACUGGGAGCAGCACUUGCUACAAGGUCAAAAGCACAAAAGGGAAAUUCCGUGGAGGAGCCUGAAGAGAUGGAUAGUCAAGAUGCUGAGAUGACAAACACAACUGAGCCAAUGGAUCACUCUUGAUUUAAUUAGAGGCUAAUAAAGGCAGAAUGUUUAUUGUGAACAUGUAAUAUUUGUUGGCUGGGCCACAUAACUUGAUUAGUCAUUAAAAAUCUUGUACGUAUAUAAUUCAAAGAUUAUAUCUUGUUAUUCAGUGCAUGAUAGCAAGUGUGUGAUUGGCAAUAGCUUUUAAUAUACUGCUGCCCAGGCUGGCUCUAAAUUCCUAUAAAUUAGUUAUUAGAUCCGCUGAAAUGACUUUCUUCCAUAUAUGUGGUUCACUGUAAUUUUAAUUCCAUGAAAGUCUUAAUGUUUAAAACAUGAAAAUUCUCUUGCUACUUAUGUUUGAUUUCUGAAAAGGCUAGGGCUGGGGGGAAAUAAGAUUUUGCUAAUGUUGAUGUCAUCAGGGUAACCAUUCCACAUAUUUAUUAGCGUGUCAAAGGAUUUAUGUAAAUUUGAAGGUUAUCUGAAGUAAAUUGUAUCUUGAAAUUCAUAAAAGGAUAUGUUAGACACUGGGAUCCUGACACUUUUGUGAACAUGAACACAUUCAUAGAGAUAUAUAUUCUUGGUGAAACUAUCUUGAGAAUGUAGUGUAAUGAUAUAACAUUUUGCUGAUUUGAGCAAGGUUGGGGAAGAUAACUAUUCUAGAAUGAUAAAGUCAAUGUGAUUCAGUAAUGUUGCUGUCUGAGCCAACACAGCCAAGUGUGUGCUCUGUUGUUGAUAAUAUGUUACCAUUAUUUUGAAUCCUGGCCUGGUCAAGUACUACCAAAUUUUUGUCCUUUAAUCUUGCAGAAAAGUUGAUUGCAAUGUGUGGUAGAAAAUAAUAAAAAUAAUGGUAGCAGUAGUUAAUCUCUAAUUUUCAGAGUUUGUCAGAUUCACAGAGCAUUUAUAAAUAAGAAUUUAUCUUUAUGAAUGAGUUACAUUGUUCUACAAUUUUGAUCAAUGGUAUUUAAGCUUGUAUAUGCUAAAUGUAUUUGAGCCCCAUUGAACCAAAAAUGUUUCCCUUUUUUCUUAGAAUCCAUAAGAUUUUCUUCAUUUGUUGGCUUCACUUGGAUUUGGAUGCAAAUUUGACUGCGUCAUACCCUGAUCAACCAGGCAUUUGCUUAAAUAGUGUAUUCAUCAAAUCUUUAGUGCCAGUUUCCUCAAGAAGCAGCUUUCACGUUUACUCCUUAAAGAAUGUUUAUCCUGAGACUGGUAUUGCACUAUUUUAUCCUAUUCUGCAAAUCUGUAUUCUGAAAUGUACACGUUAAUCCAUCUUUUUCCUCUGUUCACUGAAAUUAAGUUGAAUUUGAAUGGAUGAAAGACAAAAUGUAUGUUAAUACAAUCUCUUAUCUAGAGCAUUUAAAGCCUGGCUCUCUCUGUUUGCUCGUGUUAACAGAUGCAGAACCGUUUGCAUUUCAAGAAAAUGUACAUCAGAAAUUAUAUUAUCAGGUGUUUUAAAAUGUCAACCUGUUGAUUCAUAAAGGAAUAUAGACAGAACUUUAACUUGUGUUUCCAAAUAAGGGAGUUUUUGGUUUCUUUCUAUGAAAGUAUCUCUGAUGAAUUCACUUAUUAAGUUAACUACUUUAUUUUGAAUAGGGAAAGAAUGGAGACUCUAGAUAUUUUGCAGGUGAUAUCUGAGGAAGAUACAUAUUUGGGUUAGUUUUAUCACAUUAUCACAUUUUUAAAACCAUAUUGUCUCCAUUCUUCUUCUAAAUUUACUUUCAGAUACCUCUCUCUAUGUCUAUAAAUAUAAGGAAAUUUUAGAACUUUUAUAUUGUGUACUAGUUUUGCAUAAAGAACUGCAGCUACCAAAUAAUAUUUCCCAUUUGGUUAGUACAGGUGACUUCUGUGUGUUAAAUUAAAAAUUACAAAUAUCACUAACCACUAUAAUUAUUUUUGGGUUUUUUCAGCCACUAACACCCUCCCGCCCCUCCAUCACCACAUACUUUUUUUAGUUUAAAUACAGGAAAACUGGUUAACAAACGAAUGCAUUGCUUCCAGGUAAAUGAUAUAAUCACCUUUUAACAAAUAUUUUCUUCACCUGUGGCUCGGUAUGUUUAGUUAAUAACUGACAAAUAUAAUUUCAUAGCAUAAAGUAAAAAUAUCAGAUGCACAUUUUAUCUCCCUAUUAAAUACUUUUGCAUUUAGUCAAACUAGAAUGCACCUGUGAACAUUAGAAGGCAGGCUAAUCUUUGACAACACUAUUAAUUUCUCUUGCCAGAGCAGUGCUAUUUAGAAGCUGGUUAGGUGUGAACAUUAUAAUAAUAGUUUGGGUUCUCCCUUGAUAAAGAAUAAAAGGCUCGAUUCUGAGAAUGGUCAGGUUUCUUGAAAUUAUUUUAGAUAGCUGAAAUUUGGUUGCAGUAAUUAAUGGUUUUUGAGAAGUGGGCCAGGUAUCAUCUUCACAAAAAAGUUUUAGAGCAGAAUUUCUUUAAGUUCUUGACUACCAUCGUUUGCCCUUCCAUAUGGUUAUCAUAAUCAAAUACAUAAUUAUAGGAAUGAUUAUUUUUUUAGUACUACCAUUUUAAUACUACCAGGACAUCCGCAACUUUGAGUCCAACCUAGGGAUCAUAAAUUAGUUGAAAUAUUUUCUUAGCCCUACAUGUAAUGUUAUAACUCUAAUUCAGUCCUAUAGUUAAAUUCUAUUUGCAAUGUUUAACUGAAAAUUGAAGUAAAUUUUUUUCUUCACUAAUCCAUUUUAUAGUUAGUCAUACCAAGGUUGACUAUAUGACCCAAAGUCCAGGUAGAGUUGAAGAUGAUGUGUGUCUAGAAUACUGGUUGUGAGAAACUGGUUGAAAUUGAAGAAAACAAGACACUGUCAAAUAUUAUGAGCAAGAAUAUAAUGAACUCCAAGGGAAUGGUUACUCAGGAGCUAGUUAAAGAGCAAGCCUAAGGCCCAUUUCCCCUCCUUUCACUAUAUUUCAGGUAUUUUAUUGGAAAAUGUUAAGCUCAAGACCUGAGAAAUUUAGCAAGUGCUAUUGACUGUGAAACUUGCUUUAUAUCUUCUGAUGAUUUUUAGUUUCGUUUUUACAGUCAAGCCUACUGCUUGCAAUUAAGAUAACAAAGUGAAAUGCAUCUAUGAUUCCCAGCCACACAGGUCCUUAUUGCCAUUAUUUUUAAGAAUCUAACUUUAUUGGAAAUUAGCAAACUUUUGCAUAUGGUCUCUUACCUCAGGGAAGAUCACUUACUAGCAACUCACAUACUAAUGACAGGUUUCUGAGAAUUGUACUGACAUCACAUGUUAGCUACUAACUGCAAAGUUUAUAACAGUAUUAUUUUAUGUAGUUACCUACUAAUAACUGGCUGCUAGUGAACAUUUCUCUAAAAAAUUUAGACCUCACUACUAACCAACCUUUAAGUAUGAAAUAGACUUACAACUUCUGUCUUUAAUUAAGCUUUGGUCAAUAUAGUGACAAUAUCAUAAAAUGUUUAUUUCAGAAUAUCAAUACCAUUUGGUCUUCAUUUUUCAAACAGGAAUUUUAAUUGGCCCAGACAUAAAAUAUUGCAGAGCAGAUAUUGAGAGAUUCAUGGUUCUCAAAACAAGGUUUCCAUAUUAAGAUUUUCAUAAAAACCUUUGCAAAAUCAGAUUAAACUCCACUCAUCUUAAUAUGAAUUUAAAAUUACCUCUUAUAACAGUAGUAGUGAGAUACAUACUCUAAGUUGGAGUAGAUAUAUCCUACAUUUCCAGGUUAUCAUGUAAUUUAACAAAAUUGCAUAACCUCAAGGCUCUUAAUAUAAUUUUUCAAACCAGAACUAUUCACUUGAAAACAUACCACAGUAGAAUGUUUACUUAAGAAAUAACAAAAGGGGCUAUAUCACCAAUGUAAGAUUUGUAGUUAAUUGUAAGUUCUGCCAUUCUUAAUAAUUCUUUGAGAUGCUAAGUGUUUCAAUUCAUAUUUAAUGAUACUUAAAUUGUGAGAAUUUUAAUGUUUGCUCCAAAAUAGCAGAAAUUGUAAAAAUUGUGAAUUAUUGGAGAAAAUGCCAUUACUUGUAUAUCUGACAUUUAACUUUUUAAAUUAUGGAGUCUACAUGCUUUUUAGUAUAAUAUUAAUACGAUGAUUCUCUUGUAAAAGAAAAGGAAAACUAGUAAAAAAAAAACGUUUUAGUUGAUGUUAUCUGCUUGUGAGUAUCAAUUACUUAGUAUUUAAAAAUUUUAAGGUAUUGCAUACUUUUCUUUAGAAUGCACAAGUCCCUUCCUGAGCUUUUAUGCCUGUGGUAGAGCAAUAAAGGACUGAAAAGGUU